AUGAACAGGGAGGGUGGAAAUCCUCAGGCAUGCGCGUCGUGUAAACAUCAAAGGAAAAAAUGUGACGAAAGCUGUGAGUUGGCUCCAUACUUUCCGGCUAACCGGUAUCGGGAAUUCCAAAAUGCUCACAGGCUCUUUGGUGUGAGCAACAUAGUAAGGAUCAUGAGCGCAGUAGUUGAGCCACACCAAAGACAAGCAGCUGCUGAAUCAAUACUGAUGGAGGGCAAUGCAUGGAGAAAUGAUCCGGUGCAUGGCUGUCUUGGGAUUGCCCGCAUCCUCAAGUCCCAGAUUGAUUUUUAUCAAAACCAACUUGAUAUUGCCAAUCAACACCUUGCCUUUUUCCGGGAGACAGAAAAGCAGAAAGUGGAAGGCUUUCUAAAUGCUCCAACUCCAACCCCACUACUGCAGCAUCAUCACCUUGAUGGCUUUAAGUAUCUCACUCCAAUCCUGCCUGAUCACCUACCUAACGACUAUACAUGUGACAUGAAAAACUCAGAGGAGGAUGGAUAUUAUAACUAUAAGCUGCCAACCUUGGAAGAAGGUGCAGAUGUGAAACCCUUUGACAUCCAGCCUGUAGAUCAAAUGUUGGAAUGUUAUGAUCAGCAUGAGAACAUUGUUAUUACAAGUUUCAGUGGACCAGGAGAAUCCAGCAGUAUUGUUUCCAAAGCCCAUGGUAAGCAGCCUAUGUAG